UUCAUGUUUCUCAUCGUUUCUGACAAACAAAAACAGCUGACCGACCUGGUUGUGGUGCUCCGUAAAUUAAUAAAAAUGCCUUUUAUAUUUUCAAUUGCUUGCUUUGAAGCAAAACGAAGGCAGAAAUUGCGCGAUUUACGAAGAUCAAGACAUCUUAGAUGCAACACCAGCGUACUUAGCAUGUCUGACGAACGGUUUGUGAAGUCAUUUCGGAUCGACAAACAUACUUUCAAAAUGAUUUUGGAGAAAGUUAAACUCCAUCUGCGUGCUUCCUCAACGCUAUCACACUCUACGCAAUUGGCUGCAGUAAUGCGAUACCUCGCCACUGGCUGCCACCAGUGGGUGGUGGCUAAGGACCACCAUAUAAAUGUUGGAAGAAGUACAUUUGGAAAGAUUAUUCACAGGUUUAUUCCCUUGAUGCAGAAUCUGCUAUGUGGUGAUGGAAUUUCGUUGCAUAUGGAUAAUCAUCAAGUGCAACAAUCCCAUGAUUAUUUCCUUGCGAAAUUUCAAUUGCCUCGAAUUUUUGCCUGUGUGGAUGGAACUCACUUCAGAAUACUAAAGCCUGUACAAAACCACUUCGUGUUCUACAAUAGCAAAGGAUUUUAUAGCAUGAAUGCCAUGGUUCUGUGCAACUACAACAUGGAGAUCUUAGCUAUUGAUGCCACUCAUCCCGGUUCCUGCAAUGACUCCUUCAUUUGGAACUACUCUUCUGCUAAAGAAUAUUUGUCCAAGAACUUCAACGAUAAAUUUGUUUUGGCUGAUUCGGGUUACGCUCUAGAGACUUUUGUUCUGACUCCCUAUAAGAGCGCCGAAAUAGGCACUCAUCAGCACAGAUUCAACGUAAAGCAUUCUGAGGCACUACAAAUCAUGGGACGCACAAUUGGAGAACUCAAAAGCCGAUUCCGUUGCUUGCAACGCACUUUGACUUAUCAGCCAAUAUUUUGUUGCCAAAUUAUAAAUGUGUGCUGUGCCCUUCACAACAUUUGCAGAAGACGUAAUGUCCCUAUCGGGGAGAAUAUUGGAUUUGUCGACCACCAGGACACCGAAACAACAGAAAAUGAAUUCGAAGAAACUGAAUUUGAAGAAACUGAAGAUACUGAAUGCCCUCUACGCGACGAAAUAGCUCUGGCUAUUCCUCAUUAAAAUAAUUUUUUUUAAACAUGUUUUAAUUUAUUUAAAUUUAAGCUGUUUUUCAUUACAAUUUUAAUUUGGCUAAAAUUAAGUAGGAGCAACUACUCCUUUCCCCAUUUAAAAAAUCCCAAACAACUUCGCCAUAUCCUUCUCCAAUUCUCCAAUCACAUGCUGGGCGUAGCUUGGACUUCUGAACUAUUUUUGGUCGCCAUCCACAAAAUUUCUUACCAAUAAAUAACCGGUGAUUGUA